AUGAGUACAGUCUCAGAGACAGAUCCUGAGGAUAGCUUCCCUUCGACCCCUGAUUCUAAGCAUUCAGGCGGCGCAUGCUACCCUUUCCUUGGCACCUCUCGUGGAGCUGAAUCACAUCAACUGCCCUGCUUCCAAGACAUUCAUACUUUUGAUAGCCAACUAGGCAGACCACAGGCUGAUCACAACAAUCAAUUGGGAGCUCCAGACAGCACGACUAAUGAUGUAUUCUUAAAAUAUAUGGAUGGGCUUAGCCCUGCAUCGUGCCGCUAUGUUGUUCAUUACAAGGAAGCUGUUCGUGAACGCCAACACAUGCGCCUCUUCACAACAUACUGGGAGCUCGAGGAAACGAAUAGGCUGCGCACUCUCCUUACAUCUCUUUAUGCCGAAACAGACUUGGAGUUCUGCAGAACAGAGCGAGAAACACAAGUGCUAUUGAAAGCACUUGUUACGAAGCAGAUACUUUCUCAGACUGCGGCAGAUGUCAAUUAUCUCACUGCAAUGCAUCAAUGCAACAAGAUGUCUCUUCAGGAGACUGAUGCUCAACUUGAUCUUUUACAAGAUCAUCCCAAGCACUUGUUCCCCAACUUGGGCGAUACAUCAAGUUGUGCUGCAAACGCCCUAGUUGAUGUCUAG